GAUGUUGCUCCGCACAGCCGGUCACAGUUGGCAGCGAAACAUAGCUUCGCUCAGUCAUCACCCAGUACCUCGCUAUCUCUUUACUGCGCUCCACAAAGCCCCACUAACCUCCAAGCCUCUAUAUAGACAUCAGCUCAAGCUCAAGCGUUGUAUACACACUAGACAUGGCCGAUAUCAGCAAAGACGAACUCCGCAAGGAGAUUACCGCUAUCCUUAAGGAUGCCGACUUGACCUCAACUUCUGCUAAGAAAGUCAGAUUACAAAUUGAAAAGAAACUGGAUGUUGAUCUUACUGAAAGGAAAAAGGAGAUUGAUGAGUUAGUUAUGGAUUGUCUGCAAGAAAAGCAGCAAGAUGGAAAGAAAAAGAAGGCUGCAAGUGAAGAAUCUGAAGAUGGUGAAGAAGAAGAAGAAGAAGAAGAGGAAGAAGAAGAGGAGGAGGAAGAGGAAGAAGAAAAGAAACCUGCUAAGCGAGGCCCCAAGAAGGGAACUGCUAGCAAACGUAAGAAAGGUUCUUCUGACGAUGAAGAAAGUGCUAGUGAUGAGGACGCCAGCGAUGAAGAAUAUAGCCCUAAAAAAGUCAAACGUUCUGCCAAAAAAGGAGCUGGAAAAGCUGGUAAAAAAGGCAAGAAAGGUAAAAAUAGCGAUAGCGAUUCUGAUGAAGAUUGGGGUAAAAGCAAAAAAGCAACUCCUGCUAAAAAAGGAGGAGCUAAAGGAAGUGGAUACACCCGAGCUUACACUCUUUCAGCAGAAUUAGCCUCACUGGUUGGAUCUAAACAAAUGGCUCGACAUGAAGUUGUCAAGAAAGUUUGGGCAAUCAUCAAAGAAAGAAACCUUUAUGACCCUAAGAACAAACAGUUUGCCAUCUGCGAUGAUGAUUUAAUGAAAGUCAUUGGAGUCAAACGCUUCAGGACCUUUGGUAUGAUGAAAUACUUGAAAAAUCAUUUUGUUGCUGAAUAAAUUGUUCCUUUAUACAGAAGUGAUAAUUGUAUAAUUCGUCGCAUGAUAAGGGCCUUCUUACCAUCUUUUCACAAUGAUAUUCAUGCAUAUACAUUGUACAAAAACUUAUUUCAUGUACAACUUUACAUUCUUUAUCAAUGUUCGAAUUCUAUAACAUUGUAAUUUUUUAUUUCAAAAGACUUUAUACAUCCCACAACGAAUGUAAGCUUGCAAUAAUUACCGAAAUAUAAUGAGUUACAUCGACAUUAGUCACUUCUGGUUUUAAAACUUUUUGAAGCAUUUUGAAAAUUGCUAUUGUGUAAUUGUUGCAAGUAUUUUGGGUAAUUAAUGUUCAUUAAUGCUAAUUUUUUUAUAAUUUAAGAAGAUACUUUUUUUUAAAUCAUGAAAAGUAUAACAUUUUGUUUUAGUAAUUUCUAAAAUGAAUUGUAUGUGUAAAUAUAUACAAUUAUAAAAUUUUCUACUCGAUUUUUUGACUAUUUUGUUAGGUCCCAAGUCAUAUGCAUUUUUAUAUUUUAAGUAUAUCAAAUUGUAUUAAAAACUAUUAGAGAAGAAUAAAAAAUUUGAAAACUAA